UAUUAUUGUCAACAUCGUGCAACAUGUAUCACGUAACUAUGGAGUAAACUACAGUUCUUCAAAGAUGGAUGGCCUCACUCUUUCUGGCUCUACUUUUCGAAUCUUUAUGUUAAUGAACCAAAUGAACCUUCGUGUCCUUCUGCCCUGAUAUCCUUUGCAUGUUCUUUCUCCCCUCUGAUCUGAUAGUGCCGCCAAGCCAGAUCCCUAAAUUAGCGCAGAAACACAAGCCUGAGUCUAAUUAAUAAUGAUUGAUACUUGCCUGUUGUUUCUCUUAUUUAUUUUAAUCCGCUUUAGCCCUUGAUCGUCAAUCCCCGCCAUGGUGGUGCUCCACUAUCCAUUAUUACCCCUGCCCUGAAUCUUCUGUAUAAUGGUAGAUAUCUACCUUUUCGCCUUCUCGUUCCAAGAAGACUACGAUGUGAAAACCACUGUUGGAACGGAGAGUUCAUGUGCCAAUGAAGCUUUUUCAGGGCUAGGCCAUCCAUCACUCAUUUGAUUGAGGAAAUAUCGAGAAAAAAAUAAAAAAAAAUAAAAAAAAUAAAGACCUACAAACUCAAAAGUAUGGAAGCAAUUGCUAAAUUCAGAUUUUUGAUACUGUUGGCUAUAUUUCAAACCAUUGGAGCCGUUGUUGAACCUCAAAAUCGUUCCUCUAUAUUAUCUUGGCCUUCAAAGACUUUUUAGCCAGGCUAAUAAGAACAAUGUCAUAUCUGCAUCAUUAAUCCUAUUGUUCUUUGCAGAAACUUCCUUCAUUCUAGGGAGUUACAUUCAAUUUCUUCAGCUUGGCAAUAAUUUUUAAAAUAAAUUGGAUGUGAACCCCUUACAUGAUUAAACAAUGAAUGGAAGAUUAAACGCAAACAUCCUCUCUUGGCCAAGUUCUAGACAUCAGGAUUUUCUUUCUUUUUUUUUCCUCUCUCGAAGCAGGUCGCACAACUGUUUCAGAAGCUUUAUUUGCUCACUUAAUCCCUUCCAUAUCCUCUGCCAUUAUAGCUUUAUUUAGUUUUGCAUGGGAUUAUUCGGAUGAUACCAAAAGUCCAUCCUCGGCGUUCUAUUGCCUCGAUUUACCCGGAUCCCCGAUAGCAUGUUAAUCACCUUAACAUCCACAACAAGUAUUGACAGGCAACAGCAAUAUAUACCCGGAUAGCACCCUGAGUACGGAGUACAGAUCAUAAUGCUUUGAUGUGCCAAGGUCCGCAGUGCAACAUCUCGAAAUUAGCCUUGUGUCAAUCAUUAUGUUUCCCGAGUGUUGCGCCAUAUACGCUUACAGUGAAAUCCUACGGCGUCCUUCUAUAGGUUGCUGUUCAAUUUCCACCGCCGAGAAAUAAAAUCGGCACUCUAGGCCCUUUUGUUGUUUCUUCUGAAGCAACUCGCACUUUGCUACCUAGGCAUGCUGAGCCCUGCAUGAUGAAGCGCCGGUGCGGAGAUUAAGCAUACCCUAUCACAAUAUUCGGUCUCCUCCGCCCGUUAAAAAUAGGCCUUCUUUUUUGUUCUCUCUGAAGACGCAGUGAAACGAGCGGCUCAUAUACUUGCUGCUUACGAGGGAUAUAAAGUCCUCUGCCCCGCAGGAUUUGGGUCAGACUGUACGCCUUCCCUCCCCUCCCGCCCCAGUGCAUGCAUCAUCAACUAUAACGUAUAGGGAUGGGGAGUUUUUAGAACAGUGAGAGGAGGCAGUUAGGGCCUGCAUGCUUCCGUCUCGUUUCGCACCACACUCUCGCCCGGGGAGAGAUUAAUUCGAAUAGCGGAAAUUGAUAUAUAAACGGCCCAUGCCUCCUCCUCACGAGUUCUUACAUCUUUCCUCAGCAACAUCUUCAAAGACAGUUCUUGCUUGCUUGCAAUCCAUUAUAUAUAUCCACGUCCUACAACCCAGGGCCAACCGGAUCACUCUUCAAACCCCAAGAAGAAACACCUCCCAUUACCCGAAGAACCACACCUUAAAAACAGAAAGAGAACGAAGAAAAAGAAAAUAUUAAAAAUGCAAUUCUCCAUCCUCCUCACCACGCUCACAUUCGCCCUCAUCAGAACACAAACUGCAAUCGCCCUCCCAGCUCCAAUGGGCCAGGUCGAACAGUCCGCACAAGUGUCACUCACCACCCAAGACCAACAGCAGCUACAAGAACUCCUGGUAAAACAAAAUAUCCAAGGCGAGGAGUGCCUACGGGUCUGCUACCCCAAGCCGCCAAUUUGCAUCGGUAAAGGAACGUACGCGAAAAACAGACCAAUGCACAGACAUUCACAAUGCUGGACCUGCUGUGUCAAAAACUGAUGAAGAUAUCAUAAUGUGCUGGGUUGGUUGUUGGUUGUUGUUACUGUUACUGUUAUUGAGGGAGAUAGGCCCAGUUUGCAUUCGGAAGAUUGACUGAUUAUUGUUUCCUUAUUUUUCCCCCUUUUUUUUCCAUGUGCAUAUUGAGGGAGAAACAGAGACAGGGAGGGUUGAGAGCUUCUCUUCUUUGCAUAUGUUUUUCUAUUGAAAUAAAGCUUUUUAAUUUUAUGAAGCCUUCACUUUUGGAUUUUCAUUAUAAAAAUGAAGUAGCUGUUCAUUUAAGAUGUCAAUUCAUCUUAAUCCAAUUAGAAAUAAUAAGCAUGCAUAUCUCUCAGUUUUUUAUUCAUAACAGAUAUGUAUGUCUUAUGUAGUGUAUCUGUAUGUGAGAAGGCUCUAUUAUGC